UCACGAAUCACACCAUCCAGACGGACUCCGUCAAUAAUUCAGUGAGAUUCAGACGCAGGAACACCAACAGACAGAUGCCGUCAAAUGCCUGCUAGAAAAGCUGUAGCGCGGAAAGGAAGUGCAUUUCUAGCGAAAAUGAGGUCGUCCGCGUAAUUGCGUCGAGCGAAUCUGAUAUUUCGCGGCUUGCGACGCGAGCCUGAUCUCUGAUAAGGCGAAGGCUCCUGGACGUCGCGUCACUGGAAAGGCUUGGAUCACUCUCUAACAUAUAUUUCGCUAGUAGCGUUAAGACGAAGCUCGUUUAACGAGCGACGCGCUGUGGCAGACUGACUUGCUGAUACAGCGGUCAACGGAUUCGAAGGUCAGUUGACCCUUGGCGGAUGCCGCUUAGGUCUUCACAUGGCGCGGUUGACAAUGCCGCUCGAUUUUUAGAAUUCACGAACAAAUCGAGCGGUUGACAUUGUCGCUAGUCCGUUUGGUCCGUGGGACGCCGCCUCGUGCGACGGUGCUUCGUGUCUGACCGCGUGCGAACGUGGUCUGCCCGAGCACGGUGCUGAUAGCUGCGUGGCCGUCGCAGUGCGACUAUGGUCCGUCGCAGUACGAUCAUGGCUCACACGACCGUUACUCUCUUCCGGCCCAUGGCCGCGCGACCGUUACUCCCUCCCCUACUCAUGUCCGUGGCUACUAAUAGUACCCUCCUACUCAUCACGAUGGCCGUUGCGCUCUCCCCAAGACUCGUGCGAGCGGUCCCUUAUCUUACGUCCCAGGGGGAGACGUUUCUGGAGGCCGUGCGAAACCUGUAUCAGCAUUGGGACAGCGCCUAUGGGCUGCAGCAUUGGGACAGCGCCUAUGGGCUGCAGGUGGAAAAUCCGUUCCCCCCCUCCGCCAUCUCGCUCCCCCCUGAAGUCCCCCCCGCGCCCCACCUGGAGGACUGUGAGGCUCGCACAGCCUUCCGCCUCUCCACUGAGAAACGGGGGAAGUGGGGGGGGCCGCCGUUCUGGGCAGUACCCAACCCCGCUUGUGGGAACGUGCGCCAACCGCCCUGGAUCCGUGGCUCGGAUGCUGCCAACUUGGCAACCACCCGAGAGGCACAAGCUGACAUAUGGCGCCACCAGUUCCCGCCCAAUGGGUGCAAGGGGCGGCGGCUGGUGCUGGUGAAGUGGCUGACCAUGGGGUGGCAUGGAAUAGGGUCGCAGCUGCAUGUGCUGGGCGCCGUGCUGAGUGCUGCCAUGGUACACAAGAGGACGCUCGUCUUGAUGCCGGGGACGCUGCCCCAAGCAGACCACGAGGAAUGCGAGAAGCUGGGCCACAAGGGCUCCCUCACCUGCUACUUCUUCCGCCUCUCAUCCCCGGAGUGCGAGGAGAUCGCCCUGAAGGCGCAUAAGGCGUGGAAAGACGCUGAGGCGAGGAAGCAGCACGCAGCAGCACAGAGAGAGGGGCAAGGGGGAGGAGACGAAGGUUCAAAGGGAGAGAGGCAAGGGGGGGGAGACGAAGGUGCAAAGAGAAAGGAAGGGGGUCACGCAACAGGGGCGGGAGGGGAGGGUGGAGGGGCAGGAGGAGAAGAAGAGGCUGCAGGGGGUGGGGUUGGCGAGGCAGCAGGGGAGGCAGCAGGAGAGGCAGCAGGAGAGGCAGCAGGGGAGGCAGCAGGAGAGGCAGCAGGGGAGGCAGCAGGAGAGGCAGCAGGAGAGGCAGCAGGAGAGGCAGCAGGAGAGGCAGCAGGAGAGGCAGCAGGAGAGGCAGCAGGGGAGGCAGCAGGGGAGACAGCAGGGGAGACAGCAGGGGAGGCAUCUGAAGAGGCGGGGGCGGGUGGUGAGGUGUCCAGCCAAGCAGGGGGUGGCAGUGGGAGGCGCCUGCAAGCAGAAAAGGACGCAAAUGAUGCUCAUGAUGGUAGUGGCGGUGGCAGCGGUGGUGGCGGUGGCGGCGGUGGUCGUGGUGCUGGUGGUGAUGCUGGUGCUGGUGCAGGUGCUGCCGCUGCUGGUGCCGGUGCUACUUCUGGUGGUGCUGGUGGUGGCGAUGGGUCGAAUGGUGGUGGUGGAGAGGAGGCUGAAGGAGGUGGGGGAGUGGAGGAGGAUGUGAUUGUAGCGGAGCCAUGUGACAAUGCAGAGUGUCUGAAGAACUCCAACGCCCUUGUGGUCUUCUCGACACGGCCGGGAUUCAACGUGGAUGGAAAGGGGGACGUCAUCUCCCAGCUCAAUGCCACAGCUGCAGAUCUCUGGGGCAAGGCGUAUCUGAAGAGCACGCUGCCCAACGAGGUCAUGGGGCGCAUGGGUGCGCACUCCAAUUUGUUCAGAAAGACGCACUGGUGGCGAGCCCAGGCCACGCGCUUCAUGCUGCGGUGGCCCACGGCGUACCUGUGCCACAUCAUCAACCGCGAGAGGCACCACGUGUACGGCAUGCAGGUGGCGCGGCAGGUGGUGGCCUCCCAGAUGGAACAGCGAAACGUGGAGGAACAGGCUCGGAGCCGCAGGAAGAGGCUCGCUGAGGUGCCUCGGACGUUCUCAGAGCGCUCAGGGGGGUCAGGAGGGAAGGAGGUUGGGAGGGGGAGGAGGGUGGAAGAGGGUGGGGCUGAUGGUGGAGAGAAGGAGAUGGGGUGGUGGAGGGAGUUUGAACGUAAGGUUGAGCUUGACCUUGGACCUUCGUUGUCCUCGUCCUCUGCUGCUUCUGAGACACCUGAAGACCGCUCUGCUUCUGAGGCUCCUCAGAACCUCUCUGCUUCUAAGAAGAAUCGGCACCCUCCUGCUACUGCUGCUGCUGUUGCUGCUGCUGGUACUGGUUCCAACGCAAGGAGGAAUGGUACCAGCCAGGAUCGAGGAGGAAUGGUGAACUUAAGGAAGAAUGUUCUGACGCAAGGAGCGCCCAGCUUGGAAACGGCUGCAUGGCCACGGGCAGGGUACGAGGGGUGCAGCUUAGGCCAUGCCUCAGCCGCUGGUAGCAGCAGCAGCGGCGGCGGCGGCGGCGGCAGUGGUGAUGGAGGAAUAUGGGGCUCAGAAGGCGAUUAUUAUCUGGCUAAUUACAUGGGAGUGGGGGGUGAGCCGUACAUCCCGCGUCCGAUCGUGAGCGUGCACGUGCGGCAGGGCGACAAGGUGCAUGAGAUGCGGCUCUUCUCGUUCUACGCCAUCAUGUUUAUGGCCAACCGGGUCAGGCGCCUGGACCCCGACGUGAGAUACGCGUGGCUCAGCACAGAGAUGCAGAGUGUAGUGGAUCAAUCGAAUCACUUCUUAGACUGGACGUUCUUCUACUCCAAGGUCCCCCGGCAAGGAGGCAGAACGCGCAUGGCUAAAUACACGGAGAUGUUUGGCCUGGCGCGCACUGUGGGAAUAAGCUUUGCAAACCUGUUGAUUGCUUCGGAGUGCGACUAUUUCGUCGGCGUCCUCGCGUCAAACUGGAAUAGGAUGAUAAAUGAGCUCAAGAAUACCAAUGGACGUUUGUAUAGUGGAUACGUAUCAGUGAACGACGGAGAGUGGUGAUUGGGCUGGUUAGUGCAUGUGGUUAAAAAGUAAAUAUACUAUUCUGAUGCUUACUUUCUCGUCAGAUGUUUGAUACCAUAUUACCUCUCUUCAUAACACUCUGAUAAGUUACC